UGGAACCAGACGGAGUGAAAAUCAUAGAUUCUAGGUUCAAAAUAAAUACGAACUUUUUGAUCGGGAACAUUUUUUAUCUGUGCAACGAUGGUUUUGGCGCUAAAAAUGGAACCUAACGGCGGCGAAAGUUUUAGUAAAUCAGAAAAUUAACAAAAUUAGACGAUAGUUUAGUUGAAUUUGUAGAUAAGUGAAAAUUUUAUGAAAAGAUAUGCACGCGUGGUCAGGUGAACUUGGAGAUAUAAUGGGACCAACAGUCACAAGAACAGGCAGUGCAAAGGCCAGCACUCCCCCACUAAAGAACGGGAAUGACUUGCGGGAAUCAGGGUACUUGAUAGCUGUCGGCUCCAGAACUGCUAGGUUUCGCAGAAAACACAAAAACAAAAUGCUGCUUAUCGUACUGCUAUUUUUACUUCUACUGUUAUUAUGUUUAGUAAUAGUUAUGACAGUUUUAUACGUGAAACAAAAGAGGCACAAACCAGCCAGAGUGUGUGAAACGAAAGAGUGCCUGCGGUCCGCCGCCAACCUCGCGCUCUCCAUCGACAGGACUGCCGAUCCUUGCCACGACUUUUAUCAAUACUCGUGUGGCAACUGGGCCGAAGAUCACCCGCGUCCAGACACAUACAGAUCCUACGAUUGGUUUAGAGACAAACAAAGCAAGGUGUACACAGUGGUCAGAGACUUUCUUACCAGGAACAUCAGUGGCUUGCCGAAGCCUGUUGCACAGGCUAAAGACAUGUUUGCGGCUUGCAUGGACACUGACACAUUAGACAAACUGGGUAUAAAACCAGUACAAGAAAUAUUAGGGUUAUUGGAUUUUCCACUUGUCCCAACGUACGUCAACAUCACAGAUGAUUUUGACUAUGACACGUACAAUUUUGAUUGGAUAGAAGCAGUUAUCAAAGUUAAAACAAAACUGAGGAUGGAUGUUCUGAUUGGUUUCGAAAUUUUUACGGACCCCAGAAACUCUUCCGUCUACAGAUUAGUUAUGGGGUCCCCAGAGACUACUAAUCCCUUUCCAAGCAUGCACAACGAAAAGAAAAGACACGUUCGUACCCCCCAAAAAUCAUUCAAACUAUCUACAAGAGAGUUCGAUGAAACUUUUUUCUCUCCGCAUGUUAAAGUCUCGGAUAGUAAAAAAGAUGAUGACGACGAUGAGAAAAUGGCUCAGAUAUACAGACUCUUCUACGCAGAACUCAUAAAACUAUUCGCUUUAGAAUCUGGGUAUCUCAAAGAUAAUGUGAAUGAAACGGAGUUGGAUCUAAAGCUUGUGAAGGCUUCUACUGAUUAUUACUCUAUGUACGACGAUCUUUAUGAGCUAGAAGCUGAUAAUAAUACCGACACAGAGAGUGAGAGUGCAUAUCUAAAUAUACCAGAAUACACAGUAGAUGAAAUACAAGCUCACACUGAUGCUGUAUUCGAAAACAAUAAUGGAACAGCUGUGCCUAUUUGGAAGAGAUACCUCGAAGGGAUCUUCAAGAUAAGCGACGUGACGCUGGACUACGAGAAUGAUAAGAUUCUCGUUUCGAACCCUGAUUUAAAAUACAUGUCGUUGAUGGCAGCUUUCUUGUCUAAAGUACCACCAGCUAAGAUAGAGCUGUAUAUUUGGGUUAAAGUGGUAGAAGUGAUGGCAGCGCACACGACGAGCGACCUUAAACAGAUGUUCCUGCGCUCGUACGAAGAGAUCCACUCCACCGGCAAGACGGUCCCGGUCCCGCGCAGCCUGCAGUGCGCGAGCGCGGUCAACGACCUCAUGGGCAUGGCGGUCUCGUACGCCAUCGCUGACCCGUACUUCUUUAACGUCACUAAGCCCAAGGUUCAAAUAAUGCUGCAUGAAAUGAAAAAUGCCUUAGCACACUUAGUAGGCAAAGCAAAAUGGAUGGACGAUGACACCAAACUUGCUACAUAUCAGAAGAUCAUUCAGAUGAAGACCCUCAUAGGUUUUCCUGACUGGUACCUCGAACCAGGGAGGCUGGAAGAAUAUUACCAAGGAAUAGACCUAAAACCUGAUACCCAUUUGAAGAACAUGGUGAGCUUAAUGCAACUCAAAAUAAAGAAGGCAUUGAACAAGUUCCGCGAAGGGAACAACUACACUUGGGCUACUGAUCCUACUGAAGUCAAUGCAUAUCACACUUUUCAGGAAAAUACUAUAACCGUACCCAUGGUAAUGUUACAGCAUCCUUUCUUUGAUUUGGGGCUAGAUUCUCUCAACUAUGGUUCAUUAGGCACUGUGCUUGGACAUGAAAUAACGCAUGGAUUUGAUAAUUUUGGUCGCAAGUUCGACAAGAACGGCAACUUCCUCCCGUGGUGGUCGAACGAGACGGUGGAGUCGUUCGUCAACAUGACGCAGUGCUUCGUCGACCAGUACUCUUCGUUCCGGCUGCCGGAGCUUGGGGAACACAUCGACGGCAAGAAAACCCUGGGCGAAAACAUAGCUGACAAUGGCGGCGUGCGAGAAGCGCUCGCGGCGUUCAAGCACCACCUGCGCAAGAGUGGCCCGGAGGAAAAACUUCCCGGUUUUGAGCACAUGACUUCUGAGCAACUGUUCUUCUUGUCUUAUGGGAACCUCUGGUGCGGCAUAUCCACCAAGGAGUCCCUGAAGGCUGACUUGGAUGACGAGCACUCUCCGCAGCAGUUCCGAGCCAAGGGUGCUCUCCAGAACAACGAGGAGUUCGCGCGAGCCUUCCACUGCCCUCCCGGCUCGCCUAUGAACCCUCACACCAGGUGCAUAAUAUUCUAAUUACAUUUCUGGAAAAUUUUCUUUGAGAUUUGAAAGAACGAGAUUACGACGAUUUCAGCUUUAUUAUUUUCCAAACUAUAAUACCGGCUGAAGAAGCGUUCGACUGUUUUUUCGAUGGAGAUUUAACGAAUGAAGGAAAAUAAUAUUGUACACAGUAUCCUGU